AUGCCACCAAACGCAAGAGCUGGGCCAUCACGCCUACCAGAUAGAGUCGAACCACAAGGCCCUCUAGGCAUCAGCUUCAAGGAAACGGUCGACACCCUUGCCUCGUUCCUCGAGGUCGUAAUCCACACCAUUCUCUGCAUUCGCCAAGUAUACCCGCCCACAACGUUCACCAGGCGCCGCGCACACGGUGUGGCAGUGUACCAAUCACGGCACCCAGCAGUACGCGACUAUGUCUCCAAAGUCGUCGCUGCGAUCCGGGACGAGAUGGACAAGGGGACCGCGAGGCGCGUGACCGUCGUGAUUAAGACCACGACGACGGGGCUGCCGCUUGAACGGUUCAUCAUUGACGUUGGAUAUAUGCCGCUUGAGGGGAUGGAGGGGCCAGGGAGGGAAGCGAAAAUCAUGAACGCUCCGACUUCAGAGGACCUCUCACUCCGCCUUCGCGCGUUCCUCAUCCGCCUCGCUGCGCUUGACGGUCAGCUGUUAGACAACCCAGAUGACACAACAUGGGCAAUAAUUGUCGAGACGAACGACAAUGUCGAGCCAGGCGCGGCAGAAGGGGCCCAAACGCCAUGGGUUCCUGCACUCGCCGCUGACACACUCGCGACCAACUCGGCAAUAACACCACACCACGAGCCGCUGCUCAGCGUCCGGGCCGUCGAGACAGGCGUCAUUGACCUCCGGAUGAUGGUGCAAGAGUGCGCAGCUAAGACUGGGGUCGACCACCUGGACAUCUAA